AUGAAGCCCUAGGCUGUUCCUUAAUCAGUAGCAUAAAGCGAUCAUGAAUUGGAUAAACAUCAUCAUGAAAGUUAAGCAGAUGAGCAUGGAGACGAGCAUCACUUUAAAGAAUAUUCACCAAAGGAGCUUCACAGUAUAAAAAUCCAAGGUUUUGUUUGUUUACUUGGUGGAAUUGCACUUCACUUUGUGCUUGGUACAUUUUAUCUGUGGGGUGGAAUAAGUCCUUAUGUUGGUGCUUAUAUGAAGGAUAAAGAUCCAAGCGUCACAUAAUCAACACUCUAGAUUGUGUUUCCAAUAUUGGGAAUUGCCACAAAUUCUGUUCUUUCUUUUGGAGUUAAGUUAGCAUAAAGAAUAGGAUUUAAAACUAUGAUAGCUGGAGCAGGAUUCUUAAUUUCCUUAGCAUUUUUAAUACUGUCCUUCAUUAAUAAUAUUUAUGGAUUUAUCUUCAUAUACUGUUUUAUGAUAGGUAUUCCUUCUGGAUUAGUGUACAUGUUGCCAAUCAUAUGUGGAUGGAAAUAUUUCCCAUUCAAUAGAGGAAUGGUUUCAGGAUUGAUUAUUGCCGGUUACGGAUUUGGAGCAUUUACAUUUAACUUUAUAUGCAAGGCUAUUUGCAAUCCUAAUAAUGAAGAACCAGAAAUUCCUUUUGAAGAAGAUGGGAAAACAAAAAAGUAUUUCUCAAAGGAUGUGUUCGAAAAUGUUCCUUUUAUGUUCUAGAUGUUAGCUUUAUCAUAUUUCCUUCUAACCAUAAUUGCAACUCUAUUAGUAAAAUAUCCUAGAGAUUUGAAUUUGGAAUAUUAAUAGGUUUUAGGAGAAGGAAAUAAAAAACCAAGUGGAAUCAAUCAUGAAAAAUCAGUUGACUAUCAUCCAACAGUUAUGCAUGCUGAAUGUGAAACCUUAGCAUAAGGUAUGAAAUCAAGACCAUUUUGGUUUUUGAUUGUAAUGGUUUUGUGUUCUAUCAUUUUUGGUAUGUUAAUGGCUAAUUGUUAUAAAGUGUUUGGAUAAACACUUGGAAUUGAUGAUGCAUCAUUAACAGUACUUGGUUCAGUCUAAUCAGUCUGCAAUGGAGGUUCGAGAUUUGGAUGGGCAGUAUUGUUUGAUAAAAUUGGUUUCAAAAAGGUCUAUUUGAUAAUAGCAGUUAUCAACUUAAUUUGUACUGCUGCUAUUGGAUAUAUUGAUGGUAGUUUUGCUGGCUAUUUCAUUAUUUUAUGUAUCACAAUGUGCUGUGAAGGAGGAUUAUUCUCUUGUUAUCCUGCUGUAAGUGCAAAGAUAUUUGGUCAUAAGGUGGGACCUAUUAUCUAUGGUGGUUUAUUCUUUGUUAUUGGUCUGUCCAAUAUGUUGGGAUAUUUAUUGUACAAAUUUGGAGAACCAAAGAUAGGUUAUGGUGGAGUCUUUUGGAUUGUCUUUGGAUUUUGUUGUGUAGCCUUUAUCUUAGGAAUAUUCUUUAAAGAAGAGCAUGAUUGGAAAAAAAAAUGA